AUGGAAAGCGAACAACACAGCAUUGACAGAAAGAGAGCGCCUCAGCAGUGGAAAAGUUGCAAGCUCAUUAUAGACCCUUUGUUGACGAAUGGAUUGUACAAAGUAUAUCGCUACGAUGGACACUCUUUCAACAUCCCCGUAAGAGACCUAGGAGUGUUCCCCGUGGAAACUGUUCGUGAUCCUCGCAUCUGUCGCCUGUGGAGCAAGUGCACAAGCGCUGAGUUAGCGAUUCCUAAAUAUAAGAUCGACGAGUACUAUGUGGGUCCAGUUCCUCCUAAAGAAGUGACGUUUGCCCGGUUAAAUGACAACGUGAAGGAAGCGUUCUUGACCGAAAUGUGCAAAAAGUAUGGUGAAGUGGACGAAGUGGAAAUAUUCUACAACCCUAAGACCAUAAAGCAUUUAGGAAUCGGAAAAGUGAUUUUUGACACUGUCAAGGCUGCGAGAGACACUGUGCGACACCUCCAUGACACGUCCGUGAUGGGGAACAUCAUCCACGUAGAGGUCGAUCCAAAAGGUGAAAACCGGAAGCGUUACUUCAAACUUCUAGUAGAUGGAAUUUAUACCCCUUGGACAUUACCAGUGGGAAGCAAUGAGCAAAGCCUUCAAAGUCUUAUUGACACUUUACCGGGCUGUAAACCUCCAGGAAGAGAGAGUUUCAUCUGCAGUCCCACCAGCAUCAGUACCCCUCUGUCUCUGGACACAGCCUACUCCAGCAUCUGCCAAGACACCCCUCAAAGCUUCGGCCUGACCCCUCGUUCUCAGGGAACCCCUUGCACCCCUUACCUCUCCGGGACACCCCUCUCACAGGACUCCUGCUACUCCAGCCUGCAGGCCACCCCCGUCCAGCAAGGGGACCCCCCCGCGCACACCAUCCAUACCGUGUCCCGACGGGACGUCUAUCGCAAACCAGGGAGGCACAAGGGAAGACACCGCAAAGCCUCGUACCUCAGCUGCCUCUUCAAGCACUUCCGCCCGCAGCCGCCGCUGCCGCUCUUCAGCCAGACAUUGGGGGCAGACAGCGGUUCGCAAGCGGCUUCGUGUGUCGAGAACUCGCCGCCCUCAGGUGGAGGGCCCACAGAUCCCUCCUCCAGCUUCUUCCCCUCCAGAUCCCAAGGGGUCGUCACCACCGCCCUCAGUCUCGGCCACGGCUCGCCCUCCCAACUCCUCGGCACAAACGGCUUCUCCGACCGGGAUGACGGAGCGCUCUCCCCCCCGGCGUUCCGUCCGUGCGUCACGGAGCUACCGCCCUCUCCGGUCGCCGCCUCUCCGGGGGGCCUCCGCGAUGAGUCGGAGAGCCUGGACUCCCGCAUCGAGAUGCUGCUGAACAAGAGCCGUGGCGCCGGCGACGCCUCCUUCCCCUCCUCCACGUUACCCGCCGGAGACGGUGCAGAGGGCGUGGAGGAACCGCAGACAGCCUUUUUUGCACACCGCUCUUCUCAGUACCGCCCGGCCUCAGACCCGGUGUCGGUGGACUCGGCGUGGACCGGCACUGGCUCCCUGACGCCGAGCCGCCGUUCCGGGGCCGUUAGCCCAUCUCCUGUCCCUGAGGACGAGGAGGAGGACGAGACGGUCCAGGCAGUGGCCUCUCUCCUGAGAGUCACUCCGUCUCCCCUGCUGUCCCCUCUCAGAAAUACAGGGAGGAGGGAUCGCUAUGUCAAGCAGGACAAGAGGAGCCCUGCGAGCAGAAGGUCUGCAGUUUUCACAUCCAAAGGAACCUUCCAGUCUCCUCCCCCCUGCUUCCCUGGCCCCGCCCGGAUACCGACCCCCCACUUCAGGUUCCCCCUUCCCUCCAUCCCUCCCUCUGUUCCCCUGUUCCCUCUGCGCCUGCCCAACGGCACCAUCCCCUUUCCUCCGCCCUGCUGGCCCCCGCCUCCCUCUCUGGGCCCGGGCUGUGGCAUCGCCAGACCCCCUCCGUCCAUCCCUCCACCACCACCCACUUUGCUCGGGCCGCGUCGAACACUUAUGGCACCGCCCGCUGCUGCUGUUCAUCCUGGGCACUCGUACCCUUUACACGUGCAACCCCCCCAGCACCUCGGCAUGCCCAGCCUGCCAGGGCAGGCCAGCGCCCCCUGGGCCGGUCUGCCCCUGCCCCGCUUCAACCCCUUCAUGCCUCCGCCAGGGUAUGAGCCCCGAAGGGAGGACCCUAACAGAGGGACCGUGGAGAAGGUUAUACAGGUGUUCAUGGAAGAGCUGUCGUCCAUCAUUAAGAAGGACAUCACACGCAGAAUGGUGGAAGUGGUGGCCUUCAAGGCCUUUGACAAAUGGUGGGACGACCAGGAGCAGAAGUCUAAAAUGUUCGAGGUCCCUUUACAGACAGGCUCAGGAAGACCUGAACAGAGGGCUAAACCAAAGAAGCCACUAUGCCCGAUCAUCGGCCAGCAUAAACCAGUUCAACUGCCCUCCUUCAAGCACAACGUUCCACCUGAAAACACAGAACCAGAGAAGGUACGCGAUGGCGACGAGCUCAGGUCGGAGACGGCUGACGCGUGGAGCGGCGGCGGUGCAGCGCUCAGACGGAGGCACGCCCGGCCGUUGCUGCUGGACGACUCCGACGACGAGGCGGAGGAAGGUGGCGCUGCGAAGACGAAGGAGAAUGAGAUUCACCACCAGGAGGAAGAAGAGCGUUCCGGAGCGGUCAGGGCAGCUCCUCUCACCCAGUGUAACACAGAGGACCAUGAUGAGAUGGAGAACCAGAAUGUACAAAGUCAGACGGAGCAUGAAGAGGUCAUCAUCUCCAGUGCUGAGUGUUUCUCAGACAGCGAGUCUCUUUCAGAGGUGUGCAGCAGCUUCUGGGAGGACAGCGAUGGCUCCUCAGUCUCCGGCUCCUCAAUCUCAGGCACCGAGAGCAACAAGGCCCCCUCGGUCUCUGGCUCUGAGAGCAUGGAGGGCUCAUCGGUCUCCAGCGCCUCAGUCUCAGGCUCUGAGAGCAUCGAGGCCUCCUCCGACUGUGACCUCAGCUCUGAGGAGGAAGACUAUAACCGCAAAGAGCCGGACAGCGAUGAAGGCUACAUUGUUAUAUCAUCGGACGAGGAGCGGAUAGACCUGGAGUCCCCUGCCAGCCCCCGGGCUCCCCAGACACCCCAGACCCCGCAGACCCCUCUCACCCCGGGGGCCAGGCUGGAGCUGACCGGACUGCAGGACUGGUACGAUGGUCUGGAAGGAGAGAGUCCUGGGAAAGACCAAUACACGGACCUGCUGGACCCUUUGCUGGAGAACUACCCAGCAGGCUUGCACCCGGGUCCCCUCCAGUCUCCCUUCAUGCAAGGGAUGGAGGCCACCUUCGACCUGCCGAUGGACAGCCCGGAGUGGAGACCGGACUCACCGGCGACCCUGGAGACCCUGCGGCCGCCGACCCCGACCGGCUCCCUGGGGUACGGCGACCCGGACCUUCUGGUGGGGGGCAAGCCGACGCCCCCUGCUGCGGAGGCGGCCGAGCGGCCACGCACCCCCGGCCGCGGCAUCGCCGGGGAGGACUCCACAGACGAGUUCCUCUCCCUGCCUCUGACGGGACGCCUGGUGGCCAACCCCCUGCUCUCCCCCUCCCCAGAGCUCCACGCUUCGUACCCCACCGACCAGGACCGGCCCAAGACCCCGGGGAGGGAGGAGGGGAGAGGAUGGGGUCUCCCGCACGCCUCCGCAAGGGUCCCGGCCACCCCAGGAGGAGCGGCGAGUCCCUCGAAUGAGGCCACCGCCGCGAUGUUUACACCCCCGCUGUCCUUGUGCAGCCAACCCUACGUCAGAACUCCCAGGACCCCUGGCCGGGACAUUGUCCUCCGCCACGGACCUCCCGCCCGCAGGAGGAGGAGGAGGAGUGGGGCGAUGGGAGGAAGGGGUGGUCCGCCCUCUGAAGGGUCUCCUCUUCCCCACCGCUUUCUCCCAGACACCUCAGCAGAGCCCCAGGCCUCCAAGGGCCCGUGGGUCACCUUGGCAACCGCCUCCAGGCCUCUCCAAGGGCUGGAGAACAUGCCUGGGCUCCUGCACAGUGACGGCCAGAGGGGGGCCUGCCGGGAGAGCGGGGAGCAGUGGCAGAGGGAGAGGAGGGCGAGGAGGAAGAGGAGGAGACGGUGGGUGCGCCAGCGGAGACGACGGAGGUGGUCUAAAUCCCCUCCCUGCCGGUCGCCCCCCUGGUCCCGGUCCCAGUGCGAGGAGACGGAGGUCCUCCACGACGUGUGGAGGGAGGGCCUGGAUGAGGAGGACGCUCGGCUCCUGCUGCUCUCCCACCAGAGGCUGCUGCGCCGGGACAACGGGCUGGGCUGGCUCAGUGACACCCUGUGGGUGCCUCACCCCCCCUCACCACUGACCAGCAGCACCCCAGGGAGCGAUGAGGACCGCGAUGCCGAGCACGGCAGUGGCUGCGCCCGCAGCGAGGGCUUCUACACCAUCAGCCGGACAGAGAAACUCAAAAAUCUGAACGACGCACGACUGGCCCCGGAGCCGCCGGCCUCCAGCGCACUGGGCUUCUCCACGUCAGCCCAUCCUCAGAGCUCGCUAAGGGCCGGCUCCGACUUCAGGUCGGAACAGCGCCGCCUGCUGUCCUCCUUCAGCUGUGACAGCGACCUGGUCAAGUUCAACCAGCUGAAGUUCCGCAAGAAGAGGAUCCGUUUUGCCAGGAGCCACAUCCACGACUGGGGCCUCUUUGCCUUGGAACCCAUAGCAGCAGACGAGCUGGUCAUUGAGUAUGUGGGCCAGACCAUCAGACAGGUGAUGGCGGACAUGCGGGAGAAGCAGUACGAGGAGCAGGGCAUCGGGAGCAGCUACCUGUUCAGGGUGGACCAGGACACCAUCAUAGACGCCACCAAGUGUGGGAACCUGGCCCGCUUCAUCAACCACAGCUGCAACCCCAACUGCUACGCUAAGAUCAUCACGGUGGAGUCCCAGAAGAAGAUCGUCAUCUACUCCAGGCAGCCCAUCGCCGUCAGCGAGGAGAUCACCUACGACUACAAGUUCCCCAUCGAAGACGAGAAGAUCCCCUGCCUGUGUGGGGCUGACGGCUGCCAUGGCACCCUGAACUAG